CAUAUCUACGCCUUGCGUCAGGCAGCAUAGUUACCCGACGCUUUCGCUUUUAGAAGAACAUCUGGUUGAUGUGUUUUCACUUUGAGAAGUUGACAGGAUGUUAUCUGUAAUAUGAAUUUGUCAUCACCUACAUAUACAUAAUAAGAUCCAGGGAUUGUGAAAUUCUAUUCUGCAUCUUUUAUUUUGUACAGAAUGUGACUGUAUAUAUAGCCUCAUGCUUGUACUAAACUGACAGCUUGCUGUGAUUUCUUUUUCUAAAAAGAUGUCACAAUCAAAAGGAAAAAAAACAAGACCUCUUGGCUUAAUUCGGCAUUCUGUUUCCACGGAUGACAAAUUUCACAUCCAUCGACUGCUGAGUAGUGGCGUUGAGUUGAAACCUGAUGUAAAACCAGAAGCAAAACCCAAUGUUAAACUGGAUAAAAACUACAAAGGAAUACAAGGAAAUGCAGUGUCCGUUUCAGGCACAUCUUCGCAAGAGUCGUCCAGAGACAUUGGCGGAGAAAAAGUAUCACCAGUGAAAGAAGCUAACAAGUUGCAGGAAAGUUCUGACAAGAAAGAACUAAAGGAAGCAUUGGCGAGGGAGAAAAGUCUGAAACUUUUUGUAUCCAAUCUGGAAAAGAUCAUAAAAGACUUGAGAACACAGCUGAAAGAUAAAGAGCAGACCAUUUUGGAAAUGGGUGUCAGAAUAGAAACUCAGAUGAAACAGCAUGCAGCUGCUAUAGAAUUGGAGACAAUGAAACAUGAGGACACCAAGAAACAUCUAGAGAUGUCUAACGAGAAGAUAAACAGUUUAAAUUGUGUGAUACAUGCCCUAAAGGAGGACCAUUCAAAUGAAAUAGAACGGUUGAGAGAGGAGAUAGAAAAGCUGAAAGAAACGAUUUGUAGUAAAGAUAAAGAUAUAGUUAUCAGAGAUGAGAAGCUGGGCCGACUCAAGUUACAAAUGGCUGACGCACUGAAAGGAAAUUCUUGGGAAAGACAACAACAACUAGAAGAACUUACUAAAGAAUUAGCCAGACUUCAGGAUGAGUCAGACAUGCUUAGAAUUAAACUCAAGUCUUACUCUAAAACCAAACAGGGUCAUUGUUCAAACUGCACAGUGCUAACAAGCAAGUUGGAAAAGAUUGACUCGGCUGCAAGACACAAAGACCAAAUGAUAAAGGAGCUGAAUUCAUUAAUUGCCAAAUAUGAAAGUCAGCUCACAAAACAGGAUGAACUGUUAAAAGUGUGGGCAGACUCAAAGGGAUACAAAGUGUCAGUACCUAAAUGAAAUAAAAGCUACAGCAGUUCUUGCAAGGACAUGAAUGAAGAAAUGAGUGUAUUGUCGAAGACAUCCAAGAGAUGUUCAAUGUACAGAUUUUGUUUACAGUAACCUUGACUUAAGGUGUCAAGUUUCAAAAUGAGGAAUGUAGCAUUAGUUUCCAGAGAGAUGUCACUGAAGAAAUAUGCAAGACAUUAACCAGUCUUAUUAACUCACAGUUUAUUUUCAUUAAAUACCUGUUUAUCUUCAUUACAUACAAAGAAGCCAUCGGGGGUAAGAUUAGAAGAUACUGGAUUUUGAUCCCGGUACCAGCUCCUAUCCAGAGAGUUUUAGAGACUUGGUGGGGUUGUGUAAGGCCACUACAUCAACUUCUCAGUUGGACAGAAAACCCAGCAAUCUAAUUAUUUGUGUGCCCAGGACAGCAUGCUUGAGCAUUAAUUGAAUAAAGGUAUGAAAGUAAGUUGAAUGAAAGAAAGUGUUCACAUUUAAAAAUAAAAGCUGAGAUAUGAUCUAAAAAAGCUAAUAACUUAAAGAUUCAAUACUGGGUAAAAGUAGAAAAAUCACAUCCCUGUGUUCAGGUUUAGUUGACUUCAGCCAAACUGAAAGUUCAUCUGUUUAAACUCACAGUGACCCCCAAAGCUUUAGUAAUCGGUUUAUGUAAAGCUGGUAAAUUGGGGAUAGAUGGUGGUCAAGCGGAAACACAGUGAGGUGAAGAUUAAUAAGACGGGCUCAUGUACAAUACACUGGUUUCUAGUUUACACAAGGUGGGAGUGCGCCUUGCAUGUGUACAUGUUACUCGAACUUUACUUUGCAUUUACUAAUUUUUGAUUUAACUAUUUUUAAUGUAUUUUGUUUUUCCUCUAGUACAUGUUGGGGUACUUUCUUCAAACAUUUUAUUUGGAAAAAAACACCAAUUUGUUUUAAAUAUUCAUAACGCAUAAGUAGGAAUUAAUAUAUUUAUGUGUUUUUGCUUAUAGCUUUUAAGUGCUCUUUUUAUCUAGUUAGAAAAAAGACCCUGUACAUGGCUGUUCCCCAGUUUUUAUUUUUAAACUCUCUCCCCCCCCCUACCCUAAUUAUUUUAGGCUGUGUAUAGCCACAGAUUUUUAAACUCUGCCCCCCCCCCACCCUAAUUAUUUUAGGCUGUGUAUAGCCACAGAUUUUUAAACUCUCCCCCCCCCACCCUAAUUAUUUUAGGCUGUGUAUAGCCACAGAUUUUUUUAAAUAUUUAGCUGCCAGAUUUAUCAGAUUAUAUUUGUACAUAUAGGUCAGUGGUUUGGGUGCCAAUAAUAAAGACUACUUUAUUUCUAAAGUUGUCGGUUUUCAAAUAGUCCAGCAAUAUCUUAAUCAGCUCUGGAUUCACAACAUAUAUAGCGUACAAUGUAAACAAAUGAUUAUUAUUUAUUUUAAUGUUAUUAAAGUAAUAGAAGUGAAAAAAUAAAAUUACGCUGAGAUAGGGACUCUGCUCGGGGUUUUUUAAAAAUCUUUUGAAAGGUUCUCCUGAGGUGGACAGCCAUGCUAGCAUUUGUCCCAUUCCAACUAGUGCGUCAUGACUGGUGGAUUAUUAAUAACCUCAUGCAUUUAAUUGGUAAUAAAAGAUAAAAGUAACCAUAUGGUGAAAGCAGUUUUUUUCUCUCAUCUUGUAAAUAGUCACACAUGAAUAAAGUGCUGAAAGUUCAUUAAAAACAUACCUUUCUAUUUUCGUUUUUGCCUGUGUUAAUAAAAUGUCGGUGCCAGACAUACAUAGUUAAUUCUUCCCUCUCCCUACCUCAGUCCUUAUAAAUUUACUAGUGUCACUGUAAUACUGUUAGAGAUAAUAGUAUUUGAUAGCUUAGUAUUACAUUCUUUGUAUUUUGAAUUUAAAUUUCAUUGAUAUUUUCCAUGGAAUCUACCUCACAUGAAAAGAAUCAAAUUUCUUUUCACAUACUUCCAGUAUUUGUUGUUUUGUGCUAAAUAGAAUCAUAGAUCUUAUACAUUAGGAACUUAGUUUGACAAUUCUGAUAUUUUUUGUUCUACUCAAGAAUGAAAGCCACAUUUUAAACAUGCAUUAAACAAAAGUUGAGCAGAUACUUAUUUGAGAGAAUGGCUCCGAUAGAUAGUGAGUGGGAGCACUAUAUAAUAUUAUAUGGUGUUGUCCGUUAAGGCUGUCAUCUAUGUAUGAAUCAAUCUUAAUCUUCUCCUAGAGUAACCUGUAUUAAGCAGCCACCUGUUCCACAGGACACUUAUUGAUAUGCCUUCGGAUGACCGUUAAAUACAGGUUUUACUAUAAGCAGUUUGCUUGAAAGGAUCCCCAUUUAAAGGUUAUUACAUGUACAGAAUUUAUCUUACUGGUAAUGACUUUUAUGGAUGAUGUGUAUAAUAGCACACAGACACGUAUGGUCCAAGAAGGGGUGGGAUUAUGAUUUCUGGUCUUUGUCCAAUAUUUUAAGAAGAAAAAGGAGGACAUUUUGCACAUAGUGGAACACGUACCUAUAAAUUAGAAACAUUUGGUAAACAUGUAACAAAAAUUUCAAAAUGUAAUUCAGUACCUUUGCUCGGCAUAAACUUCUUUGAGAUGUGGAUACAGUUUUGUGUAAAAUAAUGCAUUUCCUAUCAUGUAUUGUUGACUUGUAAAUAAUGUUUUUAUUGUUUACUCAUUCAUUCAUUUUGUUACCUGUUAAUGAUGUUACAAAAUAUUAUCACCUUUUUAAUAUAUACUUCCGAAUUUACAUAGAUGUUAAUUACAUGUCUUAUGGUUGCACAGGAUGUUUUUAAUGUACCAUAAUGUUUUAUGAAGCAACCAAGCUUCACCAUUAUUAAUCUUGCAAAAAAUAUCUUUAUUAAACAUUUUUGUGCACAUAUGAAAAUAAUAUUUAUUUUUACAUACUGACUGUACUAACAUUUUCAGAAAAUAACAUAAAUAUGUUGGGUUUUUUUUAUACAAUACACCACCAAUGGCACCAAGUCUAUUAUAGCUUUCAUAUGUAAAGUCGUGGAAUAAUAAUUCAAUCUGAAGGUAAUGACACUUUAAUUUUAAACUUUAUGCUCGCAUUUGUGUUUAUUUACCUCUAUGUAAAGGUAACCUGCUUUUAAAAGCCAUACUUCUUAGGAUGUUAACCCAGUAUGUUCAUAUCAAAACAGUGGCAGCUGGCUGUGCGCACCAACAAAGGACCUUUUUUUACAGAUUAAUAUAAUGAAUUGUUUUUAGUGGGGUAGAUGUUGUAGCUUGAUCGGCUAGGUGUGUCAAAAAGAAUGUUGAUAUUUGAAAUACUGUAAAGCUGCACCUCCCUCCUAGAACAAUCCUAUUUGAGCCCUUGUCUGACCAUAGGUUCAUGCUUGAAUGCCCAUGAGUGUAUUAAAACAUAUUUGACACUUAAGAUAUCUACUGCAACUAUGUCUAAUCUGGUAAUCAUCACAGUACGUGUGUAUUUGUUGGCAAGAUCUUAGGACUAGAUAAGCUUCUGUAAUUGUCUUCAGAGUGGGCUUAUAAAACCUGUUAUGCCUGCUAUACAUGUGAGCAAUCAGCUAAGUAAAACGUCUCUAGAGACUUUUAUGUUCAGCUGAUAGCUUUCAUGUGCAGUUUUUUGCCUCGUAAGGUCAAAAGAAAAGUAUCACGUCUGAUCUCUUUGGCCUUGUGAAUUAAGAUCACACUAUUUUAAAAAUUGUGCCAGAGUAAUGACAUUGUAACAGUCGUAAACACUUAGUUAAUUUUGUGUGUGUGGUGAAAUUUCUAUAAGCUAACAGAUAAGAGAAAGGUUUCAAGUAAUAUGUUGCUCAGCUUAUAGCUCAGUGUGUGAUAGGCUUUAGCUAUCGGACCAGGGUCAGCUCUUUAUUAGUUUUAGUAUACUAAUCAGUGGAAUAUAUAAAUGUUUGAAUCAAGUUAUUGUGGACACAACAAAACACUCAAUUUUAAGUUAAUGUUUUUUUAAAUGUUAUUUUAUUAACGUAUUGUUGACUUCUUAAAGCUUUGAAUUAACUAUCUUGGUAUCAUAUUGCCAAAAACAAAAUAACACGUACAAUGCCCUAACCAACAAUAAGGUUGCUCACACAUAGAUGACCAGCUAAAAGGAUUCGUCGAUUGCCCGAGUGUAUGGAUGAUGUAGACAUAGUAAGGCUGCGAUUCCACUGCCUCUGUACAGAUAUCUCUGUUUUACAGUAGUAAAAUACCUCAAUGUAUUUAAAAUGCAUUAGUUUUCAUGAACAUUUAUAUCUAGGACCACAGUGAACACUGUAAUUUGUGUGUCCUUACAUGUUCCAAUUUCCUAUGCGUUUGUCUAUAAAUUUUUAGAGCAUGAUCUAGCUCAUUUGAUACAGUGAUCACCCGAGGCGCUUCAGACGUAGGAUCAAACUCCUUUGGUGGAUCCAUUCUCGGAUUUGUUUUUGUAUUCCCUACAACUGGUAUAUCUGAGGUUAAAGCAUGUACUGUCAUGUCUGGGUAAAGUGCAUGAAAACGAUAUCUCGCUACUAAUGGAAAAAAGCAGUAGUUUUCCUCUGAAGAUUAUGUGUCAGAAUUACCAAAUGUUUGUCAUCCAGUAACCAGUGAUGAAUAAAUCUUUGCUGAAGUGGCUAUGUUAAAGAAAACAAACUGUUACUUUUACUAUAAGUGUGCAAGCGGUGGAAUCUCAAUCUUAAGUGUAAAUUUAAAAACCAAGACUUAGAAGUUCUUGGAGCUGCUGUAAAAUUAUGGUAUUUUUUGGAUGGUGUUAUACAUACUUCAAAAAACAAACUUUGGUUGCUAGCUGACAUUUUUCUUAUGUUGUGUAUUGUACAGUGAUGCUAAAUUUUGUUUAUUUUAGUAGUGUCUCAGUCAGUAUGUUAUUUAUUAUUAUAUAUAUUUAUUAAAGAUAUAUUUUAAAACAUUUCAUUGAUAAAAGAAAGAAAAGAAAUCUGCGGAAAACAAAUUAAAAUGAAUAGUAAUUUUAUAGUUUGGUCACAGCAAAUUUGUUUUUAAAAGUGGUCUGGCAGAUGAAAAAUAGGAAUAAAUUAUAGUUCUCUUUUAUUUUUGUUGAAUUGUAGAGUUGUCAAAUAAGCAGUCACCUUUAAAAAAAAAAAAAAGUUAUUAGGUGGGGUUUUUUAAUGUUUAAAUUUUUUUUUUUUAUAUAAUAAAAAUGCAAAUGUCAGUUCAGCAAAGCUUCAGAACAGUCAUCAUGUUUUUCAUGGAUAAAACCAGUAUGUGACAGUAACCAGCUACCAAGUAAUCUCUGUAAGAAAAUGGAUGUAUGUGACCAUGUAUGGAGCACAAUUAUUUUAAUAUACUAGUAUAUCAUAACGUGAAUGUACUUAUUACACUAGCUUUUGGAUCCAACAGGAAAAGCAAUCUUUAAGUUUCUGAGAUGUUUCCAGUAGUGCUAUGUUCUUCAGGCAUGGAUGUUUGGUGGGGUACUCUAAGUGUGCAACUCAUUCCCAAACAGGAAGUGCCCCAAAACCCUUUCAUUUAAAAAAAAAAAUUCCAUUUUUAUUUUCCCUAAAUUAAACCAAAAAUGUCAGGGUUCGUGUCCCAAUAGUUAAGUAAGAGAGAAAUAUACAAUGUAUAAAUUAUUUAUUUAUUUUUAUUGGCCAAGAUGUUAUGUUUUCAGCUGGCUGAAUCUGAUUGUGGUUUUGAAAACAUUAAUAGUGGGAGCCCGAGUGUUGAUUUUUGAAAUUUUUUAUUUCCAAGCUUUUUAAAAUAAAUAACAUUUAAAUGUAUUAGAUUUGUACCAUCUAAUUGUCUGUGAUAAAAACAUUUAUAUUGUUGAUGUGGAAUUUGUUUUUAUUUUAUAUUAUUUACAGUGUACUUGAUGUUAUCCCUCCAAUAAAUUAUUAUGACAUU